UUCAGAUUGAAGGAAUAUAAGAACCAUGAUGGCUUCAUUGCAAUUGCUGUUCAUUUUCGCCAUAUUUUAUGUUGCGAAUGGAAAUGACGUAGUGACGAGGCUUGAACUACUUGAGAAACAACUGGAAGAAGUAUUAAAGAGAGAGGUUCAUACUUUGAGAGAAAAUGAGAAGCAAGACAAAGCGUUACACGACAUGAAAACAGUAGUUCAGGAGCUCGAAGCUACCGUCGCACGUCAACAGAGUCACAUUGUCGAACUGCAAGCUACGGUAAACCAACAGGCGGACAUAAUAGCAGCCUUGGAAUCUGAGAGGGUUCAUACAGAACUGAGUGAAGCAUUCCAAGAUAUCACGCAAGUGAAAGACAAGCCAGAACCUGAUGUGACUAGUGGUGGGAAGAAGGCCAGGUCUGGUAUAGUCAGUCGACGACAACCUCCAGAGAUGCUGGUCGCCUUCACGGCAGUCAAAACUGCUACACAAUCAGGCAUUGGUAUUAAGCAAAACAUUAUCUUUGAGAACGUCAUACUUAACCAAGGCAACGGCUUCCAUUCUCAACAUGGCGUCUUUAUAGCUCCCCAGGCCGGCAUCUAUUUGUUUACUGCGAGCCUAUUGCACGAAGCUCAGUCUUUUGCCAUGCACGCUGCAAUCGUCCAUAAUGGCAUCAUGGUGGCAAAGUUUCAUGGCUACAACGAAUGGGAGCAGUUCAGUCAAACUGUCAUCAUAUCGGUGAACGUCGGUGAAGAGGUUUACGUUAGAAAUAUUGCUGUAAACAAUGAAAUUAUCCAUGGAGAUAGCUAUUCCACGUUCUCUGGGUUUCUUCUCUGGCAGUUGUAGUGCUUCGAAUAAUAUCACUGCUGUGUCUUUAGCGAGUUCAAAUGUCAACCAUGUGAAAGUAAUAAAAUAAUGUUCAGUUGUGGCAAA